AUGAACACAUCGCCUGUUACUGAUGUUCUAUAUGGCUUUUUUGGCCUCGAGAAGAACAAAUUGACAUGGUUGGGGACACUCAAGGCAUUCGUCCUUACUGAAAUCGAUGAAAGCACAGCUGAAAGUACAACAUGGUGAUCACCUUGUACAGGAACAUGGUGCUUCGAUAGCGAACAACUCAAAGCUGCAUGGUACAUGACAAGCAAAACCAUACAAUUUGAUGGAAAUAAAGCUAAAGAUUUAACUGAACGAAUUCAAUGUGUUCAUUCUAAAAGCAGAUGAACUGAAAACUGUCCGACAUACUGACCAGAACAAAUCGAUUAAAUGCUUUAUGACAGAAGAGGGUCCUGAAGGGGUAAAAUGGGAACUGGGAUUGAUCUAUUUUUAGACUGGGAAAAUGGGAUUUGGGUUGCUGGGACUGGGAUUUGGCCACUGGGAAUGGGAAAUGAAGUCCUCAAAAAUGGGAAUGGGAUUGAGGUAAUGCGAGUCGAUUCCCAAUUUUUCUACGUUUUAAGUAUUUUAAAAUACAAUUUUGGUCCGUUUUUGGUGUCUUUGGUCAUGAUUUUUGUUGUUAACUAUAUUAUUCACAGCACUAACUGCAAACAAGCAUACUCUGGCACCCGGAAUUCUGGGUUUUCUGAUUAUGCGUGUCUCAGAAUGCUGCAAAUGCCAUUUCCGGGAUUCAAAUUUUAAAAUUUUCCGUGCCUUUGGCACAACCCACCACCCCAAAUUUUAUAAAGUGUGUGCCACUUGCACACACGAUGGCUUAAAAAUCUUAAAACUGUUUAUUGUACUGAUAAAUAAAGGGUUUUUUAUUGACUGGGAUUUCAAUAACUCGGACUGGGAUUUCUAAUAAAAGUCCAACUGGGACUGGGAUUUUGCCAAAAUUUUAGCUGGGAAAUGGGAUUGGGACCCCUUCAAGACCCUCACAGAAGCGAGCAAAGAUAGUUCUGAUGAAACGCUAAGAUUAUAUACCUCCCUAUUAGAAGUGCGCAACAUAUCGUGUAGGAAAAACAAUGAAGAGAAUUUAAGUGAAAGCCUUAAUAUACAUGAAUCAGAUGAAGCGACAAAUUCUAAACUUGACAUGGUCAAGGUGAUAAACCCUAACGAUCUGAAUACCCGCUUAAUGUGCUUGGACAAAGCGUGCCUAUUAUCAGUGACAUUGCCCACCAGAAUCCACUGGAUUUUGAAACCACCCGCACUAAAUCCCGAGCAAUGAGUAGAAUUUCCUGCUGUGCCUCUUGUAUCAAGCAGAGCGAAGAAAUUAAUCAACUGAAGGAAAUAGUUUGUCUCAAGAAGUCGGUGAAGUCAAGCGAGUAUAUGCAAAUUAACCGCCUGCAAAACGACAACUCUAGUUUAAUCAAAACUGUUGAAAUGCUUACAAAACAAGUCUUGAAAGUCAAGUAUUGAAAGAACCCGCCCUUGAAGUGUCUAAAAAGCAGAGAAAGAGUCAGAGAAAGAAAAUGAAGGCCAAGGAGGGCAUUGAAUUGGCAGAGAAAAAUGCUUCCCCACAUUGUCAAGAACAUGCUGCCUCUACCAGCGGUAUGGAAAAAGUGAAUGACGAUGUUGCAGCUACCAUGAGCAAGAAUAAAGCCAAAGAAGUGGUGGUAAUUGCUGGUGAUUCACUAAUUAAGAAUGUUGUCGGAGCAAGCAUUAGCAAGACAGACUCUGAUCACUUUAGCCUAAACAGUGGAUAA